GUCAAUUCGCGAAAAGCGCGACUCCAGCGCAAACUCCAAGCUUGGGUCCCGCGACAAGACCCCAAUCCAUUCAUUACACCACCAAGUUAGGAUUCUGCUUCAGACCAAAACACUAUUUCGCCGACCUGGGUCCCACAUAAAAUAGCUCUACCACCAUCCUAAAGAAUUUCAUUGAGCCAAACCAUCAUUGCCGGGAUCGACAAUGGCUGGUGAUCCAAGCCAGAACGUCCAUGGGGACUUGCUCCCGCAUGUGCAUCUUUUGUCGACAUUUCGAUAUGCAUCGAUGCCGAGGGUCGACUUGCCCGAAGUAACGAAAUGGCUUCUGCAAGCGCCAAAGAUCGCUCGGGACACCGCGCCCUUCUACUGGACAUACCUCGAAUGCCCGGCCGACGGGUCCAUCUUCCUUACCUGGCAGCCGACUGCUCGCCGGGGCAAUGAAUUUGCCAGCGACGGAUAUGUGUGGGCUGGACCCGAAGUUUCCUACCAACAGAGCGCAGGCAAUGGCUUGGGACUCGAGAUUUACUUCCAGAGGGCUGGCUACCGCAUGGGUGAGCAGUAUACGGUGCACUCAAGGCGGCGCUUCCGGCUUUGCCCUCCCCAGGUGCCGAUUCCCAACGUGCCCCAGGUCGACCCCAACCUCUGGAUCGUCCACUAUGGGCCGGCCGAGAAGCCUGACCGAAUGCCUGCCAACGCGAUUGGCAUUCCGCCUCCGAUGCAACCGAUUCUCAGCUUCCGCCAACAUCUGUUCCAGAUGGGACAGAUUGUACGCAAGGAAUUUAUGCUGUCCGACCGGGUCAACUGGCCACAGAUUCCCUUCCCUCAGCGAGGCCAGUCAAUGUAUGCACCACCGAUGCCGCAACGCCACGUCCCGCAAGCUAUGGCCUACCCUCCGCAUGCGGGUCCAGCCAUUGGCCCUACACCCAAGAGGAGGGGCGGGCAUGCUCCCGCGGGUCACCAGGCCCAGAUGAUGGGUGCAGGGUACCAGAGCAACGAAACUGCGUUUGAUGACGAGGAAGACAUCUCCCGCGGCGACAUGUUCGAUCAUCUGAGCCCGCGCGAGCUGAGCAUGACUCGGUAUCAACAAAACCACGAGUGGAUGGAGGAGAUACUGUCCUCCCCGUAUCGCAUCGGCCAGAUCGAGGCGGCGGAUCUUGGCCUGGGACGGAAAGGCGAGCUUGCUUCACUCACCGAGGGGAUAUUUGAGGCUCAAGGGGGCGAUGCGUCUUCUGCGGGCCCCAAGAAGCCAUAUACCGGCCACCUCGGAGAAGGUCUCGCGGCCGAGUUCCGCAAGCGGGUCCAGACGCGAAAUGAGGCUAUCGCGGCCGAGAAUGAGCAACUCAGAGCGCAACACGCGGCGGUAAUGGCAAAGUUCAAAGGCAACGCCGCAAUCAAGCAUGCGGAACAAGACCUACGCAGUGCCAUCGAAGGCACCGGGGCCGAGAUCUGGCGGCUUGAGGGGCGGCUCGAGGAUGGCGAUGAAGCUGGCAGCCAGUGGAACCAGGGGGCGUCCAAGUCGCUCGAUGAGAUCGUUGCUCGUGUCGAGGAGCUCGUGAGCAAGCGGGCCGUUGUCGUCAACGACGUUCACCGCGUUCAGGACGGCGGUUAUCAGCAGCCGGCACCCGAACCGGAACUUUUGCAACCGCAGCCCCAAGCGCCAGCAGGCGUUAACCCCGCGAGCGCCAUGUCCCGGCAGCCAUCCCAAGCCGGGUCCGGAGUCCUGAUCAGCGACUCGGACAUCGACAUGGGCGGCACGGCGGCCGGGCUCUUGGAUAUGCACACCGGCUUCUCGUCCACCUCAACCCCCCUAAACAACUUCCCAACCCCGCAACCCCACCUAUCCGCCAUCCCCUCCAGCGCGGCCACCCCGUCCAACCUCCAUGUCCCCUCCCCUUCCCCUGCACCUGCACCCGUCUCCCAGCCCCCAGCGCCACAACAAGACAUCCAAAUGGCCGAUGCGGAACCUCCCAAAGACGCUGCCACCGCCCCCGACCAAGGCACCGAAAGCGGCGACUGGGUCGUCGUCCCCAAAGACGACGCCAUCCCCCCAGCAGCAGCAGCCACUGCCGCCACAACCCAACCGACCACUACCGUUGCCGCCACCACCACCACCACCGCCACGGCGGAGGAGAGCAAGCCCGUCUCAGCAGCCGCCACACCCGGCGGCACCGCCACCACCACCGGUCUGGACGCGGACAACAACGACUUCAGCUCGCUGGGCGACCUCGACACGGCCGGCGACGCGCUGGCCAACUAUGACCCGCCCAGCGGCGACGAGCUGGGCCUGGACCUGGAGGACUCGGCGUUCGGGGACGCCUUCCACGGCGUCGAGCACGCGGGGAACACGGACGGCGACACGCCGGCUGGGGAGGGGUUGUAGGGGUAUUUACCUCCCGGUUGGGGGCCUUUGUGGUAGAUCGGGGUUGAGGGGAAGGGAGAAGUGGUGCUGGUUUUUAGGUGU